AUGGACAAGAACAUUCUUGAUGCUGCUAGUGGUGGAGCAUUAGUCGAUAAAACUCCAGCUGCUGCCAAAGCCCUUAUUGAAAAUAUGUCUCUUAAUUCUCAACAGUUCACCAUUAGAGACAAUUUUGUGCAAAGCAAAGGCGUGAGUCAAAUUCAAGUUUCUUCCAACAAAGCUUUAGAGACCAGAAUUGACGAACUCAUUGCCUUAGUCAAACAGUUGGCAGUAGCAAAACCUCAAACAACAACUUUGUGUGGCAUUUGUACUUCUCCUGAGCACCCGACCGAUACUUGUCCUAUUCUGAGAGACGAGUCCAUUACUGAGCUGCCACAAGCUUAUGUAGCCAACCUUUACAAUCAAAACAGUGGCGCGUGCUUCUAUAUUUUAUAUGCAUGUGUCAAUUGCAGUGACACAUACUCUUAUAUUUUACUUGCAUGCGGCAAUUCCACUGACGCAUCUUCUCACAAACAUGGUGAAAGGUUUCGAGUUCAUCUUGGAGAUGUAAAUAGCUCUCAUAAUCAAGCAUGGAGAAAUUAUCAAGCUCUAAUGAAACAAAAGCAACACAUUGAAGGUGUCUUGUGUAAACAAUCCAAUAAAGUUAAAGAGGACUAUCGAAUUCAUUUGACAGGUAUAAUUGAUUGCAUUCGAUACUUAUUAGCACAAGGUUUAGCUUUUCGUGGUAAUGAUGAGUCAAUUUCAUCCAGAAAUAAGGGGAAUUUUCUUGAACUUAUGAAUUUUCUUGUUAACCAUAAUGAAGAUAUUUAUAAAGUUUGGAAAAAUUGUUGUGGAAAUCUUAAGUUAACAUCUCAUGAUAUUCAAAAGGAUAUUGUUAAAGUUGCUGCAACAGUCACUACUCAAGUUAUACUGGAUGAUCUUGGAGAUGAUUUAUUUUAUAUUUUAAUUGAUGAAUCUCGUGAUAUCUCGGUGAAGGAGCAAAUGGUUGUGGUUAUACGUUAUGUAAAUAAUGAAGGAAAAGUUAUUGAGCGUUUUCUUGGUGUUGUUCAUGUUUCAAAUACUAGUGCUCUAACAUUGAAAUUGGGUUUGGAGUCAUUAUUUGCAAAAUAUGGAUUAAGUUUGUCAAGGAUAUGUGGACAAGGCUAUGACGGGGCAAGUAAUAUGCAGGGUGAAUACAAUGGUCUAAAAAGCUUGAUUUUUAAAGAGAAUUGUUCUGCAUUUUUUAUUCAUUGUUUUGCCCAUCAACUCCAAUUAGCUCUUGUGACAUUAGCAAAACAACAUUCUAAAUUUGCUCUAUUUUUUAAUUUGGUUGCUAAUUUGUAUAAUGUGGUUGGAGCAUCAUGUAAGCGCCGAGAUAUUCUUCGUGAAAGUCAAGCUACAAAGGUGAAACAAGCAUUGGAACAUGGAGAAAUCUUUAGUGGGCGUGGCUUGAAUCAAGAAAUGACAAUUAAGAAGGCAGGGGAAACAAAAUGGAGCUCACAUUAUGGUACAUUACUUAGUAUAGUUUCUCUAUUCUCUUCUAUGAUUGUUGUGCUAGAAAUGGUUGAGGAAGAUGUAACAAAUUUAGAUAAAAAAAGUCCAAGAGAUUCAUUUUCUGCAUUUGAUAAGGAGAGGUUGAUUCGUUUAGCUCAACUUUAUCCUUCAGAGUUUUCUCAAGUUGAAUUAUUGACACUAGAUUGUCAGUUUGAAAACUAUUUCUUAGAUGUAUGCUCUGAUAGUGAAUUUUCAGAAUUAGAGGGGAUUGGUGAUCUUUCUAUCAAGCUCGUAGAGACCAUAAAACAUGUUGUGUACCCGUUGGUAUAUUUGUUUUUAAAGUUAUCUAUGAUAUUACCGGUGGCAACUGCAACAACUGAAAGAGCUUUUUCUGCUAUGAAUAUUAUCAAGAAUCGAAUGAGAAAUCGCAUAGGUGAUGAUUGGUUAAAUGAUUGCUUAGUUACUUACAUUGAGAGAGAUAUUUUUGUUGAUGUUGAAAAUGAGAAAAUCAUUCAAUAUUUUUAG